AUGGUGUAUAUGACGCAGCUUCAUGAUCAUGCUGCCGGCGGCGCGACACUGGCGUCGAUGCGCGGCGCGCCUGCUGUCGUCAUUUCGCAUCCGCUGGCUGAGCUGGCGGAUGGGGGCCGCAACGCAAAAAGUAUCAAAGACUGCACCGAGCUCUGCCUCAGCGGCCGCGCCAUCGAGCGCCUGCACGGCUUCGAGCCCCUGGUGAACCUGGAGGCCCUGUGGCUCAACGGCAACGCGCUGCGCUGCGCUACAGGGCUGGACGCCAACACGCGGCUGCGGGAGCUCUACUUGCACGACAACCAGCUGUGCACUCUGAGGGGCAGCCUGGGCCGCCUCAAGUUCCUGACCCACCUGGACUUGGGGGGCAAUCUGCUGCGGGACCUGCCAAAGGUGCUGGCGCGCCUGGAGCGGCUGCGCUGCUUACGGCACCUGAACCUGCAGGGCAACCCGUGCUGUGAGGAGCCCGGCUACCGGCUGCAGGUGGUGCACAGGCUGCCGUGGCUGGAGGUGCUGGACUGGCACCAAGUGACCGACGCCGAGCGCCGCAGGGCGCGGGAGGUGGUCGGCGGCGAUGUGGUGUCCUCUACGGUUGCUUUUGGGCGGCGGGUGCCCGCCGACAACGCGUGGCGGGAGCGGGCGCCGCAGCAGAGCGUCCUCGAGCAGGAAUUGGCCCAGGCCGCUGCGCGCGUGCGUGAGGCGCGGCUUGAGGCCCAGGACCGGAUCGAGGCGGAGGCUUACAUGCGCAACCCCGACGCAGCCUUCUGGAUGCCCCGCGACACGCUGCCGCCGCCGCCCGGCGUCGCAGCGCAUCAUGCGGCCACGGAAGUUCGCAACGGGUGCGGUGGCGUCGGCACCAGCAACAGCGGCAGCAGCGGCGGCGGCUGCGGCGGCGUGGCAGGGUUGCAGCCCUCUGGCGUGGUGACGGUUGCUCGCAGCGUGUUUGAGCCCCGGUGGGCUGUCAGCAGCGUGGCGCUGCGGGUGUAA